AUAAAAAUGUAAGUAACAUAGAAAUCAGACUUGUUCGAACUUGUUCUAUUGUAAGCAAUAUGCUGUUUUUGUAAAUCGUCUACAAUUUUUAUUUAAAUUUUUAAGUAACAACUAAUAUUUUAAUAAUAUAGGAAAAGCUAAAUAUUUCAAUCUAAGUGUAAAUUAAGUAACUGAAAGAUUAUAGUAAAAUUGUAGGUCAGUUUCUUGUUAUUUUAAUGUGAGAAAAGCCUUAAAUAAAAUCAAUAUAAGCGACAUGGCUAAAGACGAUAACAGAAGCGCAGCAGGUCUUAGACGCUCAGCUAUUGCUGAAAGAUUACGUCUUCGAGAAGAAUGGUCAGCGUUAAAGGAGAUCGACAACACAGUAAAUCAAGUUCCAAUACAACGAAACAAUACAAAAAAGCAGCACCGUGGCAAUUUGAUUAUUCGGUAUCCUAAAACGGUUCUCAAUAGUAGAAGUGUGUCAAAAAAACUCACACCGAGACAUGAAAGAGCUUGUAAUAAGACAAGUGAAGUACUCCGAGGGCUGGUCGUACAUGUGGAUAUCGGUUCAGAAUCCAAAGCAUUAGCAUUACGCGCUGCCUUGAUGGCUUUAGGAGCUUCUGUGGUGCCUCAGUGGAGUAAUCUCGUCACACAUUUGGUUUGGUCGGAAGGUGGUUCUCGUGAGGUCAGGUCUAGAGCUCGAUUACUGGCUUGUAAGCUCGUUUCCCCGUUAUGGGUUGAAGCUUGCGCUACCGCUGGCAGGCGACUACCAGAAGGCCUAUUCCCAGCUGCUAGUAGGCCUUCGGAUCUUCCAUCACCAAACAGUCUUAAAGUUAUGUUGAAAAGAUUUGAGCUGGAAAAUCUACCGCUGGGACUGUUAUCAGAUUCUGGAAGUAGUGAUAACAUUGGACGUCUUAGGAUAUCAAGUGACGAUGAUACUAACGACAGGUCUGGAGAUAGAUCUAAAGAAGUAUCUGGAGAUGUAUACCCUAGUAGUCCCGAUAUAGCUGUCCGUGUGAACACAGCCCCUCGUAGACUCCUACCGCUGUCACCACCCCACCCACCAGCACAAACACGCUGCAAGAGAAAGUUGUUCACGCACAAGGAAGCGGACACACAAACAGGAUCUGAUACUGAUACAGAGCGGACACCAAUCAAACAGAAAACUCCGAGGAAACCACAAGCGAGGAGGCAGAUAGACAAACAGCUUGUGAGGAAAAUAAUUGGAACACAAAAAAUACCGCAUGGGAUAAAAGAAAAAGAUAACAAAGAUAAAAGAUUGAGAUUUGUGUUAACUGGUAUGUCGAGACAGGAACGUCAAGAGGUUGUCACAUCAAUCAAGAAGCUGAACGGUAAAAUACAAUCAUCGGUGAACAGGAAAACAACACAUAUCAUACUCGGUGACAGAAAUUACACAACAUACUGCAGUAAAUGUAACAGUCCGGAUAAGUUGUUGUCGCAGAUGUUAACUGAUGUGGUUAUAAAUGAUCAUAUAAAUAAGCCUGUCCGCUGCUGUGUAUGCAGGUGUGACGUGAACGCUUCAUUGCUCGACCAACGUUGUCAAGGGGAAGUUUGUGAUGGUAAAGUAAAAAUUGAUAAGCCGAGGACUAUCAACACAUUACUCGGUGCUGUAAGAGGUUGUAGGGUGUUGUACUCGAAGUGGGUGUUUGAUAGUUUGAGAGAAAACAGAUGGAUACAUCACUGUGGCUACGAAGUUAGACAUUUGAAGAGAAUAUAUGAGAAAGCAAGAGCGGAGAGAUCGGCACUACAGAAAAAUAAUUCCGAAUACGCUUACAACGUUUUCAACGGAAUUAAAAUAAACAUCACAAGUAACGCACAACACAGGAACGCCAUUACGCAACUUCUGACACUUUGUGGCGCGAGAAUAGUAAAUGGCGGGGAAAGUGACAUUACGAUAGGAAUAAACAACGGAGAAAUAUGUUCCAAGUGGAUAUUUGAUAGCGUCGCGGCGGCGAGACUGAGAACAACGAGACGUUAUGUGAAUAGAAUUACAGCAGACGUGAUUGAUUUAAAUCAAUAAUUAUUUUAUAUAUGAAUUAAAACGUACUGCAUGUGUAUACUUUUUGUAAUUAUGAUAUUUUUCAUCUAUAUUCAUGUUUCAUUUUUUUUUUGUUGUGGUAUAUUUAAUAAAUUAUUAUUUUGAUGUGUC